ACCAAACUUAGAAACGGCACUACAAAAUAAUGGACAGCUACAGUCCUUUCGAAGAUUACUUGGGUUUGAGCAAACUUCUACAAAACCAAAAUGAAGUUUUGGAUGAAAACGACAUUAUCGAAUCUUCAAGUGACAGUUCCGAGACGCCAAGAUUUUCGGCGCCGGACAGCUGGAACCGUAUUCAAUGCCAGAUGGUCAACAACCUCAAUGGCUAUACAAGUGGCCUGACCAGACUGUCUAAUGACGAUUUCUUGUCUAUGGAAUGUAGCCGGACCAGUGACGAUUGUUUCCGUAGCGACUUCCACCAUGACGAGGAAGAUCAUCGGUCACAGUCUGACGUUGCGGGAGAUCACGUGUCUGGAGAGGAAGAUGUUUUCCAUAGCCAUAGCAACAAUUCCCGGUCGUCGUCUAUGUCAGAGUUUUCGUGGGACAAUUAUGGUCACACUUCAACGUCGUUGAUUCAGAGGAGAAACGAGGGAUGCUCGCCUCGAGGAUCAUUGUCGGGUGUCCAGUCUUCAAACCCGACCGGCGCCGACAGACUCGCGAAAUUGAUGCAGGAAAUGAACCAACAGGUGGCCGACCCAGCUGAUGAAGAACCAGCCCAGGGAUGUUUCCUGGAAUUCAGACCGACAUGCAUGCCCCGAGUUGUAAAACGCGACAUGUUUUGUGUGUUGUGUAAACGUAACGGAGAGACCCGAGAGUUCUACACCACCCAUGUUCUCAAGGACCCUCACGGCAAGGUCAUCUGUCCAAUUUUGAGAAAAUACGAGUGUCCGCGGUGUAUGGCCACAGGAGAUACCGCCCACACCCUCCGACACUGCCCUUUCGCUGACCAGGGGCUAGGGUCCAUGUCCAGGACAUUUCUCACCAGACGCAGUAGUUGUGGUGUUCGACGAAAGGACAUUUUAUAGAUGUUUGUGGAACUUUUCUGGUCAGGCGGACCAGUUUAAACUAUGGACAACGUUGA